UUCUCUACCACUCUUUAAUGUAACAUUUAAAAGAUUAUAUACCAAUAAAACCUUAACCUAAGGUUGAUACCAAUUCUUAUGUGAUCAAAAAUACACCGUCAAAACAAAAUUUAACAUGUCUCGCUCAUUCUUAACCCAAAAAAGCUUGAAAAAAAGUAGGAUAAGUAGGCCCCAUAUUCAUCUCAUUUUCUACCACAUAAAGAGUAAAUACCCAUCAAUCCAUCUUCAAUUCAAUACCUAAUGAUUACAACCCCCUUAAAGAGUUAGUUCUUGGGCAACAAAUCAAGCCACAAAACAUCUUUAAACACCCAAAAAAAUGGCUACUUUUAUUUCAUCUAACUCAUUAAUUUCUUCACCAUUUUCCCUUAAAAAACCUUCCAACAAUUCUUACCAAACAAUCCCUUCAUUUGUUCUUUCAUCUUCUAAAUCUUGUUUGUUUUCUCCAUUAAUCAGUCAUUUAAAUUCAUCAAACUUUUCUGGGUUUCCAUUGAUUUUUAGGAAUAAUAACAAUAAUGUUUGGAAAUUCAGUAUUAAUGCAAGUGGUUUUUCAGAGAAGAAAAAAGUGCUAAUUGUUAAUACAAAUAGUGGUGGACAUGCUGUUAUUGGGUUUUAUUUUGCUAAACAACUUUUGGGUUCUGGUCAUCAAGUCACUUUUUUUACUGUUGGUGACGAAGGAUCUGAUAAAAUGAAAAAAACUCCUUUUAAUCGCCUUUCAGAAAUAACAAGUGCUGGAGGAAAGACUGUGUGGGGAGAUCCUGCUGACAUUGGCAAGGCAAUAGGUGGUGGGGACACUUUUGAUGUGGUGCUUGAAAAUAAUGGCAAGGACUUUGAAACUGUGGGCCCUGUGGUAGAUUGGGCAAAGAGUGCUGGUGUGCAACAAUUUUUGUACAUAAGCAGUGCAGGAAUAUAUAAGCCUACUGAUGAACCUCCCCAUAUUGAAGGGGAUGCUGUUAAAAGCAGUGCCUCACACGUUGGCGCAGAAGAAUACAUUGCUAAAAUUUUUGGUAGCUGGGCAAUCUUCCGUCCACAAUAUAUGAUUGGAUCAGGAAACAACAAGGAUUGUGAAGAAUGGUUUUUUGAUAGGAUUGUCCGAGACAGACCAGUUCCUAUUCCUGGGUCAGGAAUGCAACUGACAAACAUAAGCCAUGUUAAGGACUUAUCAUCCAUGCUUACUCUAGCAGUCGAAAACCCAUCUGCAGCAAGCGGAAACAUCUUCAAUUGUGUAAGUGAUCGAGCAGUUACCCUCGAUGGGAUGGCCAAACUCUGUGCUCAAGCUGCUGGUCGCAGUGUCAAGAUCGUGCAUUACGAUCCAAAAGAAGUCGGAGUUGAUGCCAAGAAAGCCUUUCCUUUCCGCAACAUGCACUUUUAUGCAGAGCCAAGAGCAGCUAAGGAUAUCCUAGGAUGGCAGAGUGCUACUUAUCUCCCAGAAGAUCUAAAAGAAAGGUUUGAGGAGUAUGUAAAGAUUGGAAGAGACAAGAAUGAUAUAAAGUUCGAGCUUGAUGAUAAGAUACUUGAAUCAGUCGGUACCUUAGCCUAAUUAGGUAGAAAUUAGGCGGGGUGUUACACAAUGUUCUGAAUGCAUGAUUUUUUUUUUUUUUUGUAAUUAUGAGUCAUAUUAUAAGGAAGCUUCAUAGAGGGUGCAAAUUUUGGUAUAUGCUCAUGUAAAACUUUGAAAUAACUAUUUUUCCAAGAUCUUGGGAUGCCUUUAGUCUUC